AUGGUGGCGUGUAAAUACAGUUCUGGUUCAGUUGCGACUAGAAUGGCAAGGAAAAUUACCAAGAUCAUGAUUCUGGAAGGAAGUGGUGUAAUGAAUCUCAACCCCAGCAACAAUCUUCUCCACCAGCAGCCGGCCUGGACAGACAGCUACCCCACAUGCAAUGUUUCCAGUGGGUUUUUUGGAGGCCAGUGGCAUGAAAUCCAUCCUCAGUACUGGACCAAGUACCAGGUGUGGGAGUGGCUCCAGCACCUCCUGGACACCAACCAGCUGGACGCCAGCUGCAUCCCCUUCCAGGAGUUUGACAUCAACGGCGAGCACCUCUGCAGCAUGAGCCUGCAGGAGUUCACCCGGGCAGCGGGGACGGCGGGGCAGCUUCUUUACAGCAACCUGCAGCAUCUCAAGUGGAACGGCCAAUGCAGCAGUGACCUGUUCCAGUCCACGCACAAUGUCAUUGUCAAAACCGAACAGACCGACCCUUCCAUCAUGAACACCUGGAAAGAAGAAAACUAUUUAUAUGACACCAACUAUGGUAGCACAGUAGAUUUGCUGGACAGCAAAACUUUCUGCCGGGCCCAGAUCUCCAUGACAACCACUGGUCACCUUCCCAUUGCAGAGUCACCUGAUAUGAAAAAGGAGCAAGACCACCCCACAAAGCCCCACACAAAAAAGCACAAUCCGCGAGGGACUCACUUAUGGGAAUUCAUCCGCGACAUCCUGCUGAACCCAGACAAGAAUCCAGGGUUAAUCAAGUGGGAAGACCGGUCUGAGGGCAUCUUCAGGUUCUUGAAAUCAGAGGCUGUGGCCCAGCUAUGGGGGAAAAAGAAAAACAACAGCAGCAUGACCUACGAAAAACUCAGCCGAGCCAUGAGAUAUUACUACAAAAGAGAAAUUCUGGAACGUGUGGAUGGCCGAAGACUGGUAUAUAAAUUUGGCAAGAAUGCACGUGGAUGGAGGGAAAAUGAAAACUGA